AUGGCCGCUCCGCAGGACCCGCUGCCCCCAGAUCAUGCAGCAAAAGAGCCGGUGGAGGAUACGGAUCCAAGCACUCUUUCCUUAACAGUGACUGAAAAAUACCCUGUCCAAGACACAGGAGUCCCUAAAGAUGAGGAAUACCUAACAGAUCAAGUUACAUUGGAAAUUGCAUCUGUGAACAUCAAGACCCUUACGUCAGAUUCUGGCCUAAUCCAACAGCCAGAAGACAAAGACAAGCAAAACCAUAGUGACAAAUCGCUUUCAGAUCUCAAGAAAACCUGCAAGGAAAAUGGCACCUGCUCCUUGUGCUUAUUCCGUGCACCGACCAUCAGUGACAUGCUCAAUGAUGAGGACUUGUUGUACACAGUGAGGCUAAAGCUGGAUCCCUGCCACCCAACAGUGAAAAACUGGAGAAAUUUAGCAAGCAAGUGGGGGAUGACUUAUGAUGAAUUGUGUUUCCUUGAACAGAAGCCCCAAAGUCCCACCUUGGAGUUCUUGCUACGGAAUAGUGACAGGACUGUGGAGCAGCUGAUCGAUCUCUGUAAAUUUUAUAAGAGAAUUGAUGUUGUGAAAGUGCUGCUGAAAUGGGUGGAGGAGGAAUGGCCCAAGAGAGGGAACAGAACUUACCAGAAUGACUUCUAGGUCAAAGAAAGUUGUUAGUCCAU